CCUAAACGCCAAGCCAACACUGACAGCAUUGCCUGUUUAUUUUGAAUUAUUAGGGAAAUGGUAAAUAAUAACACUGCCGUACUGCCGAUGAUAGAGUAGUAAUUAUUUUCAUUGAUUUGGCAUUAUUCAUACAAUUUUUGAGAUGGUAUGGUGAAAUUUACUUGGAAUUUGUUGGAUGGAAUGGAGAGAUGAGUUGCAGUUGAAUGAGGUAGGCUAAAACAUGACUUUGCAAGAAUUGUCAUAAAGAAAGAACAUGCCUGAAAACCCAAGUACUCGUGUCACGGCUUUAGACGCAAUUGAUCUGGACUCAGAAAUCCAAAGGAUUCUUAAGGACCAGCUUCUGAAGAUUGUGCAUAUUUUGUCACCUCCUUGGGCUAGAUGGGAGCCAGAAUUGGAUUUGUUUCUUCGCCUAAUUCUUUGGAAGCUGUCAGUGUAUGAAGCAGGAGCUACAUUUGGCCAACAGUUGUUGAGUAUAAAAUACAACUCGGGAUUAACGAGACGCAAGUCUGUAGCAUGGGCAGCUCUCGCCUUCGGAGUCGGUUACCUUCACAAAAGGUCUUCAGAGCUGACGAAUGCAGUUGCUCCUGAACACAAGGAUAAAGUAAGAGAAUGGCUGGGCAGGUUAGAGGCUGGUGUCCAGGUAGCCAGGAUGUUGAAUUUGCUCAUGUUCCUGAGGGAAGGCCAGUUUCCAGACCUAGUCGACAGGAUAGUUGCAGUAAAGCCUGUAGCUGCUACUCCUGCCAACAGGAUUGUUGGCUAUAGCUACAUGACCAGAGAACUGCUAUGGCAUGGUUUCAUUGAAUGUAUAGUGUUUCUACUGCCACUCGUGAAUUUCUCCGCACUGCAGCGAAGUUUUCGUAGAUUGUCCGGCCUAGGGAGGCCCAAAACAGCACAGCAAGGGUCGCUAGUUUACACAACUGCCACUAGAUGUGCUGUAUGUCAACUCCCUCCCACUCUACCCCAUCAAAUGGGGUGCGGACAUGCGUUCUGCUACUACUGCCUGCUGCUGCAAUUCAAAGAAAUGAAUGGGAAGGUUGGAGGUGGGGCGGCAGCAGAGUGGGGGAAGAGCCAUAGUUUGUCUCACUUCCACAGCUCGGUAUCUCUCUCUCGUACCAAUGCUACGAGGAGGACGCUUUCUAAGCGGCCGACCUAUAAUAGUUCAAUAGUCAAAUCGGACGGCAGAUGUAAAGUUUGAAUGUCCAUCCUGUGGUCAUUCCACUCAAGAUUCAUCUGCAGUUCGUCCUGUUACGUCUGCACAGUGCAGAACCAUAUAAGCAGCACUUCCCAUUGUGUAAUGUAGAUUCAUGUAAAUAGGCCCAGUUCAGUUUCAUUAAUAAUUUUGAUCCCGCUUAAAACAUUUAA